CCCCGCGCCCCACCACGGCCCUCACCUGUGUGUUGCGGUGCUUCCCCUGUGAGCCGUCCUGGGCCGGCAGCCCCUUCCUGCACCGCCCCCAUACUUCGCCCAGCAACAGCAACGCCGUCGCCCCUGAAACCGUCGCUGUCUCCCAGGCAACUGUCAUCAUGACACGCUCCAAGACCUUCCAGGCCUACCUGCCCAACUGCCACCGUACCUACAGCUGCAUCCACUGUCGAGCGCACCUGGCCAACCAUGACGAGCUCAUCUCCAAGUCCUUCCAAGGAAGUCAAGGUCGAGCUUACCUCUUCAACUCAGUGGUGAACGUGGGGUGUGGACCAGCAGAAGAGAGGGUUCUGUUGACAGGGCUUCACGCGGUGGCUGAUAUCUACUGUGAAAACUGUAAAACCACGCUGGGCUGGAAAUACGAGCAUGCCUUUGAGAGCAGUCAGAAGUACAAGGAGGGGAAGUUCAUUAUCGAGCUGGCCCACAUGAUCAAGGACAAUGGCUGGGACUGAGGGGGCUGACCUCCCCCCUAAGGUUUACUGCUAGCUCAUCCACAUGACCCUAUUCACCUGACACACAGCUCAUGUACUCCCACAAUACACAGGUGUAAGGGUGUGUGUGCGCGAGUGUGCGUGCAUGUGUGUUUACCAGAAUGAUAAUCUCCAGUCUAAAGCAUAUACAGAUAUGCACAAACACACACACACACAGUUGCACAGAGACGUGUGUUUGUAUUCACUCUGCAUGCUGAAGCUUGUUCCAGGCCUCAGGGUGGACAGGAGCCCACAGGUUAAGGGUUAUAGGUCAUAGGUUAUGGUCUCUCUGGGGGAUGAAUGAGAUGAACAAUGACCAUGGUAAUGGACAGACAAGAAUGGACCCCUCCAACCCCCCAAGACCCACUAACCCUACAAUGAGGUGAAAUUCUGUUCAACAUUCCGUUUUUUACCUGCAAUCACCCUCACUACCCUACAUGGAUCCUUCCACAUUAAUGCAUUUUUUGGUUACUAUGUUUCAAUGGACUCCAUUGAAUUAGGAAUUGGAAUAAUUUUAUAGGAUCUCUAUGAUGGGCAGACUCAUGGAAGACACCAACCAACCAGAAAUCACCAGACUUCUUGAAGCCUGAAAUCGUCCAAAACUCCUUUCAACCAAAUCAGCACCUUUUCGUUAGGGAUUGAGUUUGAAACAGAUUGUCAUAAAUCUAAAACUGCUUGAUUGUUCAUCUGAAAAAAAAUCUUUGUUGUUCUUAGUUUUUUAUUCGAGCAUGUGUUUAAGCUAUGGAUGUAUUUGUUCAUUUAUUUGGUUUUGUUUGGGGACAAUCCCCUUUUCCCCCCUUGUUAAAAGGUAGUAGCUUUGUUGGUUCCCCCCUCACUUCCAAUGGUAGCAAUCUUAAAAAUGAGGUGUCAUUCAAGUUGUCAUCCCUUUGCCGAUCUGAGUGUGCUAUUACCACCCUCUUUGAAUGUUUUAGUAAUGGCAGUGUGUGCGAGGAACCCAGAGUGCACAAGGUUUACAUGUCAACUGGGUAAAGAGACCGGGGGGGAAAAUGUAGCUCUUUUCAGUCUCAAAGCAAUGCAGACAUAAAGGUGAUGCAAACUGAUGAGGAAAUUAGGCAUGUGGAGUGCCCCUUUCCUAGACGCUGAUCUGAAGUUAGUGUUGUGUCACCCCCCAUCCCCCCAGAGGUUAAGGUUAGGAUAUGGAGAGGGAAAGCUGAUCCUAGAGCUGUUUAUAAGGGCAACUUCUAACAGGCACCUCACAAGGACUGAUGGUUGUGAACUGGUGGUUCUCUGUUUACCUCGGUCUGCAUCCUGCACUGCCUCCUCGCUUAUUUGUUUUGUUGUUGAUUUUGAUUUGAUAAGAUUUGAGAAUUACGACUUUUAAAAUGUACUUUCUACGGUCUGGAACAGGAGAACCAAUCGAAAGCCACAGAAUACCCAAUCAGAGGGUGCCACACGUCCCAGCACAACAACCAAAGACUCCCAUCAACAAUAAGUUGACCAAACAAUGGACCUUGUGGUUGAUUGCUUGUAUCAGGAAGUUGCCGAAUGAAAGAUUGUGAUUGGCCGAGAGCCACUGUCAAACCUUGGCCUUUCUCUGUGAGAUAAUGCAUUGUUUGGUUGCGACAAUUACAAUGUUAAUACCUGUAUAUUCACUAUGAACAUAUGCAUUAUUAUAUAACGAUAAACAGUAUUACACCAUGUAAAUAGCCAUAUUCAAUGUUUUAUUUAUUCAAUUGAUGAUUAUUUUAGUCUAUGCUCUGCUGUCUGUCUUGGGGCCCCUUGUGGGACAGUUAGAUUUCCUACUUUUUUACUAUUUGGAGAGAAAAAAAGAAGAAAAAAAGUAUUUU